CAGUACAAGAGCCCACAGCGUGCAGAAGGACUGUGAACUGGUGCCACACGCACGAGCGGAACGGACACAAGUCCGGCAUGAAAUGUGACAGAUCGUGUCGUGUUAGUGGCCGCGGAUCUGACAUAAUUCAGGUCACAGUUCGGUGCAGAACCAACAGCCGCUAUGGAAGUGAAGAACAUUAUUAACCCUCGAGUUGAAGAAAGCGGCGUUUCGCGGGAAUAAUAUGCAGAACUCCUCUGAGCGUCGGUGAACGGACACUUCCGAGCCCGAUGAGGAGGGGGCUCUGGACGUGUUCUUCUUCUUCUUCUUCACGUGAACUGGACGUCUGGAAACGCUGCACAAAACACUGCAUAAAGAGCGCAAACUAAGGACCGAGGCACUUCGGAGCGGGGAACAUCAUGAUGGGAAAGACGCAGCCGGAACGAGCACUGACAGCUGGCUGCUGAAGCGGCCCGCGCGCGAGGACAGCUUCGCACCCGGCCUGAGGAGGAGCGGCGCGAGCUUCCCGCACGAGUCAUCGCGAGGUGCACGAGGCUCCCUGCCGCGGCAUCACCCCGCAGCACCUCGCUUUUUUUUUUUUUUUUAAACUCCGCCGGCGUCGAGCAGACAUGCGCACGUCCGGAAGAAAAGGGUGCCUGCUGUGCAGGGUCUUCCUCGCGGCGCUGCUCGUUCCUGCGGUCCGGGGCUUCCCAGCGAAGACACGCGACAGCGGGCUCCUCGAGGUAAGCUCUCAGACAGCUUCCGAGAAUCUCAGCCAUGUACUGGAAGUUCUGCAGCCUAACCAGGUCCAGCAGAACGACCGGUCCACUCUGCGUCACCGUCGAAGACGAUGGUCCUCCCACGUGUCAGGUGGAGCUUUGAACAGACCCACGCCAGAACAAGAGACUAAGCCGUUUGUUUUUGACCUGAAAAACUUUCCUGACCUUGCCAAUGCAGACCUCAGCUCCUUGAACCCAAAUAUUCAGGUAACCAUCGAGGUGGUGGAAAGCCCUCAGACCGAGAUGGAGAUGGAUUUGGCAAAGGAGGGUCGCAGCGACUGGUCACUCUCCACUUUGGACUGGCUAGGUAAUAGGAAGCUCUUCUGGCCUCUGUUCUGGAAGUACCCCGAUUCAGAGGAAAAUGAGCAAAGCCAUGGAAGCUUGGAGGACUCAUCUGAGGACCUUGGGUUAGAGUACGAUGGCGAGGAGCCAGUCCCGAGCGGUGUUGGUGGAGAGUGGGACGGUCGCUGGAACCAGGGAUGGGAUUCGACAGACGAGUACGAGUAUGAAGAGCAGGAGUGGAGCUCCUGGUCACCCUGCAGCAUCACCUGCGGCAAUGGCAACCAGAAGAGGAUGCGGUCCUGCGGUUACGCUUGCACGGCAACGGAAACCAGGACCUGCGACCUUAAGCACUGUCCAGAUGAUGUGGAUUUUGUGACGGACCUCAUGCCUUUCACACCACAGACCGCCACGGAGCCCAUUCCAGCAGUUUUCACGGAUGUGGACAGCUGUGAGCAGUGGCUGAGCUGUAAGAACGACUUCCUGCAAAAGUAUCUCCACCAGGUUCUCACGGAGCUGCCCGGCUGCCCCUGCCGAUACCCCUCGGAGGUGGUCUACAGCGCCGUGAGUAUCUUCGACGACAAGCUGCGCAGGUCGUUCCGGUGGCGAGAUGCCAGCGGGCCCAAGGAGCAGCUGGCGGUGUACAAGGCCACGGCACGGGUGUGCGUGCGCUCCAUGCUGUCCUUAGACAGUUCCACGCUGGCCUCUCAGCACUGCUGCUACGACCAGAGCAUGCAGCUCCUGACGCGGGGCAGCGGUGCCGGCACGCCCGACCUCAUCAGCGCGGAUUUCUCUCCCGAGCUGCACCACAAGGUGGACGUGCUGCCCUGGGUGCUGUGCAAAGGCGACUGGAGCCGUUUCCACGCGGCCCGGCCGCCCAACAACGGCCUGCGGUGCGCCGAGAACCCCCCGGAGGAGGCCUACGUCCGCCAGCUGGAGGAAGCCAGGGAGUACUGAGGCGCUCCGCCCACGCGAGAGCCCCGCCCUCCUUUCGGGCCGAAACACGUACGGUCCAAACGAGCUCUUCAGCCGCUUGCGCUAACUGUGUGUGCGGUGUGCUGCUUCGGAGCACCGUUCCGGACCUGGCAGAGGUGCGGGAAGCGGACUUUGGGCGAGGGCUGGUGGAAAGGCACACUCGGAGAGGGUCGCUGCGUUUCCACAAGAUGCGGGAAUCCUGAGGGGCGGAGCUAAGGGACCGCAGCCGAACGGCCGUGCUUCUCUCGCGCGAGCCGAAUUUCUUACGGACCGAUAUUUUGUGAGCGAGAUGCUGUCUAGGUGGCUGAACGAGCAGCGGGUUCGAAAAGCUGCGGGGGUCGUCUUCCGAGGUAUAAAGCUGAACUGUGCCCGCGCUCCAGACGUAGAGAAAUCAAACCAUGUAUUCCAAGCACGAGCCGAAAGCAUCAUGAGUAAACCGUUCAACGUACUCGGGCCCAAAAUAAUUUCAGCGUGUCGUACUUCGGAGCGGUCCGGGCACCGGUGUGAACGACGGGGAAACACCAGCGUGCUUUAAAAUAUAAGCGGAAUGUUUUUUUCUACCAAUCAGCCCGAGGAUCAGUUAUUUAAUCUUUGUAGUGUAAAUCUAGGAAACACUUUGUCCCUGAACAAAAAUGUAAGCAAGACAGCUAAGGUUUGUUGACUGAUGGAAGGAAUCAGGAGAUAAGAGAGGGUCACAGAGGUUAUCGGUGUAGGAAUAGCCAUACGGACAGGCUGACCUGAAGCGGAUCCUCUAGGAAAAACGAAGCGCGCUGCGAAUGUGGGCGCUUGGCAACGGUCCUUAUUCCUGGACUCCGAUAAAAGGGCAUAUUUAGGAUGUUGUUUUAAGGCUUAAAAACUCCAAUUCGGGUUCCGUGUUCUUUGCGAGCCUCACCGCUAAGACGCGUGGACAUGUUUGAUUUCGAAAGGCGCAUGUUGAUAGAAGCCUGUCUGAAAAAGGAAGGACAUUAUGAGGCUUUGCAUCUUUCAUUUUUUCAUGCAACACGAAAGAAGUGCAGAAACACAGAUUUCUCUUAUCUGUCAAACACACGGCGUUUGCACUGACGCUGUGGAAUGGGACACUAUCCAAACAAGGCAAGUUUUUAUCCCAGUCUGUCUGUCUCUGACUGAAGUACAGUAUGUAGAAAAUACCAUGCCACAUUCACAAGAAUUUUAAAUAACAGCACUUUAUUUAAAUAUUUGGUUUUGCUGGUGAAAAGGGAUAAUUCUAAACAAAUGCUGUGUUUUCUUCUUUGAAAAUAUUUUUAUAUAAUAUCGCAGUAUGUCAAGUGCUUUAAAAAUCUAUUAGCUUUAUUCUUGUACAGUAUUUAUUAACAAAGGUAUAAUAAUGAUCAUACUGAGAUGAUUGUAUGACAGAAAGUGCACAUCUCCGAAGAAACGCAAUUUCCGCAGCCGUC